CGUUCGAUUUAUGUUAUUCUCUAUUUAAGUGCGAAGUGUCGACACUGAUUUAAACAACAACCCGUGAGAGAUAACAGUCAAAAUAAUAAACUUGAAUAUAUUAGAAGUAAAUUAGCAACUAAAUACCUCCCUUCGCAAGCAACACAUCUACAUCACAUCUACGGUCAACAUGGCAACAACGAUGAGUACGCAAAGGGGGCAGGUCUUUGUUGGUGAAUUGCCUCAGGACUUCUUGAGGAUCGCACCGACUCAGCAGCAGCAGCAGGUGCAGUUAGACGCCCAGGCCGCCCGGCAGCUGCAGUUCGGAGGAUCUCUGGUAGCCGCUGGCCGUCUCAGUGUCACAGUUGUACAGGCUAAGCUAGCAAAGAACUACGGUAUGACGCGCAUGGACCCUUACUGCCGGAUUCGACUCGGAUAUGCCGUGUAUGAGACGCCGACAGCUCACAACGGGGCAAAGAACCCACGCUGGAACAAAGUGAUUCAGUGCACCGUACCACCUGGAGUGGACUCCUUCUAUCUGGAGAUCUUCGAUGAGCGGGCGUUCUCCAUGGAUGAUCGCAUCGCAUGGACACACGUGACAGUCCCAGAGGGUUUGCGGGAAGGCAGCGUGGUGGAUGAGUGGUACAGUUUGAGCGGCAGACAGGGAGAUGAUAAAGAAGGCAUGAUUAAUCUGGUCAUGUCUUUUGCUUCAAUGCCAGCCGGAAUGAUGAUGCCAGCGCAGCCUGUGGUUCUGAUGCCGACAGUAUAUCAGCAGGGAGUUGGCUACGUGCCCAUUGCAGGUGUUCCUGGUAUGUACAACCAAGGCGUGGUACCCAUGGGGAUGCCGGCCGCCCCACCCAUCGUGCCACAGAGUGCCGCCUGUAGUGAGGAGGACCUUAAAGCCCUUCAGGAUAUGUUCCCCAACCUAGAUAAGGAGGUGAUUCGUACCGUCCUGGAGGCCCAACAGGGAAACAAGGAUACUGCCAUAAACUCUCUACUUCAGAUGGCAGAGGAGGUGUAACCGGACAACUGCGUCCGUACCAACAAUGUAGAACAUUAUACCAAAAAUACCUGUAAAUAUACACAUGUACGUCUGUCAGCCCUUAAUCGUAGUAAGUACAUUUAACAAGUGUUAUUGUCGUCGUUAAAUCUGCAUUCAAAAACAGAAUGUUUUCCAGAAUGCCUUGGAUGAUUUUUUUAAUGACGUUGAGGACAAAAGUGUGUCCAGUUAGGACAUUAUACCAUAUCUUUAUUCUAGUGUUCCUGUGUCUUAAACAUGUUAUGAAGAUGUAUGCUCAUAUAUGUAGAAAAUUUACUAUCAUAAAUGUACAUGAAUAUAAUUUAUUUUGAAGAUUAUUAAAGAGCUCUGGGUAUGUCAGGUUGCAGAGAGUUUGAAAUUUGACAAUUCAUUUUCACCAUGUAUUUCUCUUUUCAAUAGUCUUAAAACCUUUCAAGACAAUCUUAGAGUUAAUUCAUGAAAUGCCCCUUAAAAGUGUGCGAACUCGAUAGACAACAGUCAGGUUUCUGUUGGAGAACACUAUAUAACAAGUAUAUUUUAUUCUUCUUUUUAUGUGUAUGUGACUUCACAUAAAAUACACUUUUAUAAACAUAAAAGUGGGCCAAUUAUUCCCAGUGAGGGAUAUUUAAAUUAACUGGAAGUAUUUUUAUUUGUAAGGUAUUCCAUGAAGCAUUGUGAACAUUAAAAGUCUUUUACCUCCA